AAAAGAAACAAAAGAAACAAUUAGAGAAAAUAAAACAUUUUUCAUCUUUCUCUCCCUAUCUCUAUCUCUCUUCUUCCUUAAAGCAAUGGAUCGUCAAGAUUCUGAUGACAUAAUGAAGUUUCUCGACGGCAUGGCUAGCUCCGACGAUGUUUUAUUUGGUUUCCUCGACGGAGGAAACCAUUCACCGGAGGUUUACCCUGACACCGGUAGCUUCGCCGCCGGUGAAGAUUCCGAUGCAGAAAACGAUGCAGCCGGUUGCAAUUCCGAAGAGGACAAAACCUUUUGGCUUGAACAAGAACAACUUCUCCAGGCGACACUGUAUAGGACAAGUUCAAUUGAGACAAAGAUUCGACAAGCAGCGAAACAAGCGUUGAAAGAAGUGAGAUCAGAAGGCACGCAAUGUGUCUGCCGGAGACCCGUGGCCGGCGGUUGCCGUAGCUGUUUACGCGGCGAAGUGGCUCGCCGUCUCCGAGAGGCCGGCUAUGAUUGCGUCAGCUGUAAAUCCAAAUGGAGAAGCAAUCAUGAAAUCCCUGCAGGUGAGCAUGAAUAUUUGGAAAUUGUGGACCAAUCGGGAUCGAAGAAAGUCGAGAUCCGUGUGGUGAUCGAGCUAUCUUUCAGGGCUGAGUUUGAGAUGGCGAGGGGUAGUGAGGAGUACAAGCGACUCGUUGGAAUAUUACCUGAAGUGUACGUGGGGAAAACAGAGAGGCUAAGAACACUAAUAAAAAUAUUGUGCAUGGCUGUGAAAAAGUGCAUGAAAGACAAGAAAAUGCACAUGGGUCCUUGGAGAAAACACAAGUAUAUGCAAGCCAAAUGGCUCGGUACCUGCGAGAGAAAAUCUAUGAGGCUGGUUGCUGAGACUAAGACGGAGACUGAGGAUGAGGAUCUGAUUGCCAAAGCUAAACAGAGAGUUUCUAUGCUGAAUUAUGGUAUUUUUGAAAACGUAUCCGCCGGAAUGGGCCGUCCGGCCGCCGUAGCGGUCGUGUGAUUAUAUAUAAGACGUACGGUAUGAUAAAUAAGUUAGGGGGAGAUUAAGUGAAAUGAGUUUUGUAUUGAGAGUUUGCGUGGAAUUGUCUGACCGAUGAUUUAGUGUGCCCAAACAGGGCAACUUCUUGAACCCAUUGUAUACACACCGUUAUAUUAAUAAAAAAUAAAAAUCUACUGUUUACAUAAAAAUGA